AUGGAAAGCAUUUCUGACUGUGGGGGUAACAGUGCAUCUGCGCCUGAGGAGCCACCUCGAAAGCUUUUGGAGGAGCUGUGCGCGAAGUUCAUUCUCACCGCCCCAAAAGAUGCUCUGAGCAAGGACAAGCUGUUCUUCCUUGUAGAGCAAGCGUGGUGGUACUACGAGGACAAGGUCCGUCCAACGUCUUCCAUGAACCUAAAGCACUACUCAUCCUAUACGACGUUUGCUGAACCGCUUUUUCGCAAGUGCGAGGCGCUAAGCCCUUUGAGGCCUAACCUGCAAGCUUACCUGGAGGACUACCGACGAUACAAACAGAGUAUCCCAGUCUAUGGCGCAAUCCUGCUGGAUGCGGCUAUGGAGCAGGUUUUACUUGUGCGGGGUAACAAGAGCAGCAUGGGAUGGGGCUUCCCGCGCGGAAAGGUCAACGAAGGGGAGUCGGAGUCGGACUGUGCAAUUCGCGAGGUUCUGGAGGAGACUGGUUACGACAUUCGGUCACAGUUGCGCGAGGCUGAUUAUUUGGAAAUCACAGCCGAUGGCAAGCGGCACAAGCUAUACAUUGUAACCGGGCUGGAUCCUAAUACGCAAGAGUUCGAGCCACACUCCAAAUGGGAAAUUGGAGCGUAUGCAUGGCAUCGUGUGGACGCGCUGCCAGCAACACCUGACGAAGCUAGCCAGCAGCCACAGCAGGGUCGUAAGGAGCACAAGGCGAGCCGCUUGGCGCAAUCGAUGGUGGCGACAUCAGACGAGCAAGGCCAAAAGCAAACGACGUCAAAUCCUGCCCACCAGCAACAUAUGCUACUGCAGCAUGUGCAACAGAAGCUGGGUCAGCUACAUUUACAACAGCAGCAGCAACACCAGAGCGUGCAGGCUUUCUCGCCAACUGCGGCUGGAACGAUGUCAAACUUCAGUGGAUUGUAUUCUGCCAGGCCCAUGCAGCUUUCCGGCUUGGAUGUGUCUCUUGCCUACGGAGUCAGACCCAAGAUUGUCGGAGGCCGCACGGGGCGGGCUUGA